AUGCGGCUGCCGCCCUUCUGGAGCCACAAUCCGGGCGUAUGGUUCCUACAGGUGGAAUGUCAGUUCGCUCUCGGGGGCAUAACAUCACAGCUGACCAAAUUUGGCCAUGUGGUGAGCGUACUGCCGCAAGACGUUGCCGCCCAAGUGGUCGACAUCCUUUCCGCUCCACCCGCAGCCAACCAGUACGACGCGCUCAAGACCGCUGUACUCGAGCGAACCACGACUUCGGAACGCAAGCGCUUCCAAGAGCUCCUGUCUUCCGAAGAUCUUGGCGACCGCCGUCCGUCUGAACUAUUGCGACACAUGCUGGGGCUGCUUGGCGAGCGAGCCCUUUCCUUCGAUGCCAGCCCCCUCAAACAACUCUUCCUGCAGCGCUUACCAACAACCGUGCAGAUGAUCCGAGCGUCUGCGUCGACUCUGCCGUUGCAAGAGCUUGCGGAUCUUGCCGACAAGAUCUUGGAGGUUUCCCUUCCGUCCAUCUCAGCCAUGCCCGCCGCACCGCCCUUGCCUUCAGCUGUUUCCCCCGCGGCGUCUUCACCAUCCGCCCAAGUCCGGCUAACUUCUCCGCCCGGAGACUCCAUAGCCCAACCAGUCCUCCUCAGGUACCCGCGGACGCGGCUGUAG